AUGUCUUCCAAUAAGAGCGGACAAAGUAAAACCAAGAAAAACCAAACUCAAAAAUAUAAAAAUUACAACGACCCCGAUUUCAUAGAACGAAAUUUGGAUACCACUAACAAACAAAAAAGAAAGCGACAAGACCGAGAGAAAAACGUGGAACAUGGUUCAGAUAAAUUCAAGAAAAACAAAAUUACACACUUUGACUUGAUAAGUGAAGAUUCUGACAUGGAAGAGUCCGUCUCAAAAGUAGCAGUCAAGAAGGUUCAAAAAUCAGGGGGUAGCCAAGCGAACAUCAAAAGCUCGAAGAAAAAGAUCUCGCCUAAAGUCUUCGAUAUUAUCUCCACUGACGAAGAAUUUGAUUCUCUGGAAAGUACGGAACUUUUGCUAGACACGAAAAAGGAAAAGUUAGAAAAGAGUGUAAAGAAAAGUAAAAAGGAUAGCAAUUCAAAGAAAAAGGCUUCGGCUAAAAUCUUUGAUUAUAUUUCGAAUUUGACCAAAAAAAAGGACAACACAAUUAAAAAAUCAUCCAAAGGGAAAAUCGAAGAAAAUUUUUCUUAUUUCUCAGGACCUGAUCUCUCGGAUGAUAACACAAAAAAGGCAUUAAAAAAAUCAAGAAAAUCCGAGGUCUCUGUACAAAUUGAACAUGUGGAAAUGAAAAACGCAAAAAAAACCAAGACACAUUCUAAACCCGUGACUUCCAAACAAACUGUAUCAAAUAAUUCUCAAUCGACCUCAUCUAAAGUCAAUUCUCACUCGAAUCGUCAUCCUCAUUCUGAUGACAGUAUAUCAACAUCUAAUUCUCACAAUUACUACCAAGAACAUAGAAUUAAAAUAAGCGGGGAUCGUACAUAUGAGCCAAUUAUCUCUUUUGAUCAACUUGAUGUUGAUGAAGAUACAAGAAAUUAUUUAUCAAAUUUCAAGAAGCCAACACCCAUCCAAGCGAGUUGUUGGCCUAUUUGUCUCAGUGGAAGAGAUGUAAUUGGAAUAGCUGAAACUGGGUCGGGGAAAACAUUGGCAUUUACCGUACCAGCCAUCAAACAUGUCAAAAAACAUUCUUUCAAGAAAACUUCGCCAAAUCCGCUAAUUCUCAUACUUGCGCCAACCCGUGAAUUAGCCAUGCAAAUUCAGGAGCAAAUUGAAGAGAUUGAUUCGGUGUCUUGUGGUAAAAGUUUAUGUGUGUAUGGCGGUGUUCCUAAAGAAACGCAAAGAAAGGAGCUUCGUAAGGGAACGAAGGUUAUAGUUGCUACCCCUGGUAGACUUAUUGAUUUUAUUGAUGAAGGAAGUUGUGACAUUGGCAAUGUCUCGUAUCUUGUGCUCGAUGAAGCCGAUCGUAUGCUUGAUAUUGGAUUUGAAAAAGAUAUCAGAACCAUAAUCUCCAAAACCAAUUCAAAACGACAAACUUUAAUGUUUUCCGCUACUUGGCCAGAUUCUGUAAGAAAACUCGCUGAAGACUUUUUGAAAGAUCCCGUUAAAGUUAACAUUGGAUCAUCUGAACUAGCCGCCAAUAAUAACGUCACUCAAAUAAUCGAGGUUUUAUCAAGCUCGGACGAAAAAGAAAAACGUUUAGUUCAACUUUUGAAAGAAUAUCAUGGCAACAGGACCAAUCGCGUUUUAGUCUUUGUGCUUUACAAGAAAGAAGCAACACGAAUUGAGAAUUUCCUCACAUAUAGUGGUUUUGAGGUCCAGUCCAUUCAUGGGGAUAAAGGACAAUUUCAGCGUACAGAAGCUCUCCAUGCCUUUAAAGAUGGAACAUAUCCAUUACUGGUCGCUACGGAUGUUGCAGCAAGAGGACUUGACAUUUCGGACGUUGAGUAUGUGAUAAACUAUACUUUCCCCUUGACCAUAGAAGACUACGUUCAUCGAAUUGGAAGAACAGGCCGUGCUGGUGCCAAAGGAAUUUCUCAUACUUUCUUCACAGCCCACGAUAAAAGCCAUUCAGGUGAAUUGAUAAAUAUAUUGAAUAAAGCAAAGCAGAAGGUUCCGGAAGCACUACUUAAUUUUGGCGGAACUGUAAAGAAGAAGGAGCACAAAGCGUACGGUGCCUUCUAUAAGGACAUUGAUCCUUUGGCAAAGCCGAAAAAAAUUAUUUUCGAUGAUUAA